AUGCAAAAAUAUUUAUUCUUAGCUUCACUUGUGGCCAUUGUUUCAGCUGCUACUGAGACCGCUGCUGAUGAUUCUGCCACCACAGACGCUGCUGAAUACUCCAUCGAUUAUGCUCAAUUAUCUUCACUUUAUGGUGAACUCGCCAACACUCAAUAUCUUUUGUCUGCCUAUUCUGCUGAACUUGAAGCCGUCUACGGAACUACCUGGUCUGAAGCUGCUGCCGCCAUCCUUGCGGAAGCAACAUCUCUGGGAGCAGACCAGUUGGCUCUCGCAUCUUCCUUAGCUGAUGUUUAUGAAUCUUAUGCCUCGACAGCAGUAGAAUCAGGUGCAAUCACUACUCCAGUGGAAUCUACUCUUUCUGAUUUCAGUUCCCAAACUAAUUCAGUAAUUGAAACUGACUCGAGCGCCGAUUCAUCUGCCGCUUCAUCAGGCUCAGCAUCUGAUUCAGCAUCAGACUCUAGUACUGGUACUAGUUCAUCAUCUGGAUCUUCAUCAACUGCUGGCGCUUCUUCAACAGGUUCUUCAUCAUCUGCUGGUGCCCAAGCUAUUGCUGUUGUUCCAUUUGUUGGUACUUUUGCUGCAUUACUUGCUGCAUUAUUCUAA